AUGGCCGCUUCAUUUCUCCAGUCCUCCCUUCUACCGGAGACGCUCCAAGAGCUUGCACAGCUCGCGAAGCCCACAUCGUAUGCCGACAUAGCAGCCUUGGGCAUAGUGGCCCUUGGAUCCGCCGGCUACCUCCUUCGGGGUAUCGCCUGGGACAAGCCAGACCCGUACAACCAUCUUUGGUACGAGCGGCCGCAACUGAAAGAUGGGGCCGCAAGGAAUGCGAACAAGGAGACGAGGAACAUCGCCCAGAAGAUGGAGGAGGCUAAUAAGAACCUCGUCAUCUUCUGGGGCUCGCAGUCCGGCACUGCAGAGGGCUUCGCGAACAGACUCGCCCGAGAGUGUCAUCUGCGCUUCGGCCUUGAGGCCCUUGCUGCAGACUUGUCAGACUACGACCCAGAGACGAUCACCCUCAUCCCGCAGACCAAGUUCGCCAUCUUCAUCAUGUCGACUUUUGGCGAGGGCGACCCGAGCGAUAACACUGCUGGCUUCUGGGACUAUAUCCACAAGCACGGGGAUAUCUCGCUAUCGAAUCUUCGAUACAUGGCCUUCGGUCUCGGCAACAGCAACUACAAAUACUACAACAAGGUCAUUGACGUCGUCGCCGAAGCUCUGGAGAAGUUCGGCGCGAAGUCGCUCAUGCCAGUCGGCAAGGCUGAUGAUGCCGAGGGCGGCACAGAGGAAGACUUCAUGGCCUGGAGAGAUGAUCUCUUUGCCGUCUUCCGGAAGGACCUUCAGUUCGAGGAGCGCGAGAUCAAGUACGAGCCCACCCUCUGCGUCGUCGAGGAUGAGUCGCUCGAGCCCAUCGACCUCCACCACGGCGAGCCAGUACAUCCGCGUGACAAUGCUAAAGCGGCCGCCGCCUGCUCACCCAUCAAGGCCUUGCCCAUCAAGAACUCGUAUGAGCUUUUCACCUCCAAAGACCGCAACUGUAUCCACAUGGACCUCGACAUUUCGCACGAAUCCGAGAUCCACUAUAAGACAGGCGACCAUCUCGCCGUCUGGCCCACCAACCCGGACGUCGAAGUCGAGCGUCUCCUCGCUGUGCUCGGCCUCUCCACCCGCCGCUCCGUCCCCCUCUCCAUCAAAUCCCUCGACGCUGCCGUCAAAGUCCGUGUCCCGACCCCAACAUCUGCCGAAGCGCUCUUCCGGUACUACCUCGAGAUCUGCGCGCCUGUGAGCCGGGACACCAUCCUCUCCAUCGCGCAAUUCGCGCCCUCGCCCGCCGCCAAACUCUUCUUGACCACCCUCGGCAAAGAUAAGACCGCCUACGCCGACUUCCUAACCCGCACGCACCUAAACCUCGGCCGGCUCCUCGAGCUCGCCAUCAGCACCUCCGGCGACAGCAGCGCCGCCGGCGCUUGGUCAGGCCUGCCCUUAAGCUAUCUCCUCGAAACCCUCACGCCGACCCAACCGCGCUACUACUCCAUCUCCUCCUCCUCGGUCGUCUCCCCCCGCGCGCCCAGCAUCACAGCGCUCGUCUCGACCUCCCCACUCCCCAACGCACCGGGCGAGCUCGUCCACGGCCUCACUACGAACUACCUCCUCGCGCUGUCGCAGAGCCUGUCCGCAGCCCCGGAUGCACCGGCGCCACACCCGCACGGCCUGACCUACGCCCUCGGUGGUCCUGCUAGUUCAUUGGAGGGCGGCAAACUGCACGCGCACGUGCGGAAAAGCAAAUUUAAGCUCCCCGCGCUGGGGUCCUGUCCGCUGGUCAUGGUGGCGGCGGGAACGGGCCUCGCGCCGUUCAGGGCGUUCGUCGCGGAGCGGGUGCGGCUGCAGCAGAUGGGGCGGCCCGUGGGCGAGAUGGUGCUCUUUUUCGGAUGUCGGCACUCGGACGAGGACUACAUCUACCGCGAGGAGAUCGAGGAGGCGGCGAGGGCGCUCGACGGCAAACUGAAGGUCGUGACGGCUUUCUCGAGGGUGAGCGGCGAGAAGAAGGUGUAUGUGCAGGAUCGAGUAGCGGAGUGCGGGGACGAGGUCACGAGGCUGAUUGGGGAGGGCGCGAACUUUUAUGUUUGUGGACGCGCGAGUAUGGCGAGGGAGGUGGGGUUUAAGGUCCAGGAUGCGGUGAAGAGGACGAAGGGGAUGGGCGAGACGGAGGUCAGGGAGUGGAGUGAGGCGUUGAAGAGGAGGGGGAAGUGGCAGGAGGAUGUUUGGGGUUGA